AUGGCCACCAAUCUUGGUAAGCGGAAGCGAUCCGUCAAAUUGACUGCCCACAGCGAUGUCGACGAUACACCAGAUGACGAGGCAGCGCGUGCGCUGUUUCGGCGUGCCUUUGAGAGAAAUUUCAAAGCCUUGGCUGUGAAGCCGCUGAAUACAGGCAACGAUGCUCCAAGCGAAGAACUGGAGGACGAAACGGAUUCGGGAGAGUCAGAAUGGGAUGGACUGAGCGAAGAGCCGCAAAAUGUCGUCCAGGUCGUGGAUCACACCCGCGAUCAUACACAAACCGAUGACAAUGGGGAUGUAGACAAGUCGCUGGAAAAGCUCUUCAUGUCUGCAAGACCUCCCCGCUCACAAGAGGCAUCCACAAAGCAAGUUGCGAAAGCGAUAAAGACCGAGGACGAUGGAGCUGAAAGCGUGAACCUGAAAAACGACCUCGCAUUGCAACGACUUCUUAAGGAAUCCCACCUUCUCGAUCCAUCUGCAUCACAACGAGCAUCUUUUUCAACUGAGGGCAAAGGUAGAUUGAAAGCAGUCGAUAUGCGAUUGCAGGAUCUCGGCGCAAAGAGCUCGGUUUUGAGUCAAGAAAAGAUGCCAAUGGCACAUCGCAAGGGCAUCGUAUCAAAAAGCACUCAGCGUCAGACAACCCGCCGCAAAGAAGCUGCCGAGAACGGAAUCAUUCUGGAAAGAUUCAAAAGCGCAGGCCCUAAGAGACCACAAGCCAAACAACGCCCGAGAGAUGUCGGUGGGCCUGGCAUUGGGAAAUUUCAGCAUGGCAUGCUGAAGCUCAGUUCCCGCGAUGUGAAAGAUAUCGUUGGGUCGAAAUCCGACCGUUCCGGUCGCAGAGGUGGAAAGAGGAAAUGA